AUGGAUCCUAUUAUUGUUUUUGUUGCUCGGGCUAGCGGCCGAGACGCAUUUGACCAAGCUCUUGCGCACGACAGACUACGUGAAGCUCUGAAUCUAGCCUUCCGAAGCUACGAGACCACUUUCAACCAAACCUGUCAAACCCCACGCUUCUACACCUCUAUUCACGACGCUGACCAGCCACUACUCUCUGGGGGGUCUGUUUUUCAGUAUUUCGCUGGCCUACUGCAUGAAGGCCAAGACACAGGACGCGAUGUGAUCUUGGUUCUCAAUGGCUGGGACGCCCUGACCAUUGAUAAGAUGACAAUCAUCCGCUUGUUUGGCCGCGUUUGGGUCCUUGACAUCAAAAUCAACAUCAAGGUCUUCGCGAAUCAAGCUACGUCGACCAGUGAUUCUCAAUUCUUCGAUGUCAAUCCCACUAAAGCUUGCGCUAUUCUCACUGGCGACUAUGAUCCAACAAACGACGCUUCUCCCGAUGAUGACACACAGCUGUUUGUUGAUACCAUUGAUAAAAUGGGCACUGAGAUACAGCUACAGAAUCGCUCGUAUGAGGAGGUCCUACGGAUGUUGGUCGAUGACGACGCACGUAAUGGCUAUCACAACUGA